AUGAACUCAGGAAUGCAAUUGAACAGGACUGAUAGCUACAUUGACAUACACUCAUGCCAUAGACUUGAUGUGAAUGCCUUUGUAUUGACGGACAAUCCUUCAGCUCUAUGUUUUUUAUUGAAUUUUUGCAUUGGUUUGCUAUCUUUAAUUACAAUUUGUGGAAAUCUUCUUGUAAUCAUUUCUAUUGUAUAUUUUCGACAGCUCCACACUCCAACAAACUAUCUUAUUUUGUCUCUAGCUAUUGCUGAUUUGCUGGUUGGAUUUGUUGUUUUCCCUCUUACAAUACAAUUCUCCAUUAGCUCUUGCCUGUUUGAAAAAGAACUGUUUUAUAGAUAUUACUCUGUCUGCCAGCCUUUGACUUACAGAGCUAAAAUAACUGAGAGUGUAGCUUUGGUUAUGAUAUCAGUCAGUUGGACAAUUUCAGCUUUUAUUGGAAUCGGUGUCACAGUAAUGAACACAACACCAUGUAAGGGAAACUGCUUUCUUGAUGUUGUACUUGUAAAUAUAAUAGGUCUUAUUUUGGGCUUUUAUGCACCAGUGUUUGUAAUGUUGUGUAUUUAUUUUAAGAUUUUUCUUGUAGCGCAAAAGCAAGCACGCAGUAUCCAAGGAACUCAGAGUGGAGUUAGUAAAAUGGAGAAAAAGGCAACCAAGACUUUAGCCACAGUGAUGGGAGUAUUUCUGUUAUGUUGGUUGCCUUUCUAUUUUUCUAUAACUGUUCUGUCAUUUAGCCCUGGUUCCCUCGUGCCCCUGGCCUUCAUUGAGCUGCUAAACUGGCUUGCACUGAUAAAUUCAACCCUCAACCCUUUUAUUUAUGCUUUUUUCUAUAGCUGGUUCAGAGCGGCUUUCAGAAUGAUCAUCUCUGGGAAAAUAUUCAUAGGCGAUUUUGCCAAUACCAAAUUGCAAUGA